CCGCGUUUUAGUAACAUUUUUCGUCAGCUGUAGCGAUCGGCGUUUAAUACUCAAGCGGCGGACAAUAUUGAAUGUUGGCAAACUGAUACCGCAAAAUCGUAAAGUAAAAACGUGACGACGCGCAUUUAAUAUUUGCUCAUCGUGCAGCGGAUGGUGAUAAGAUAGUCGACGCAACGUCUGCGGACGUUGUUGGGUUUGAUGUGGAUCAUCAUCUCGUGCGGUUGGAGGGUUUUAUACGCGUAUAUAAAGCGAUUGUUCACCGGCAAAUAAUAGGCAAUUGUGCCCAAUGUCGACCAUGCGACAUCGUCCCGGUGUACGUGAUGAUCUGGAUCUGCAGGAAGGGGACUUCAACAUGCACCUGGUGAAUCGGAGUAACAGUGACCGCGAGGAGAAAUUCCGCAAGCGAUUUGUUGAGGUCCCAAAGGAAGAGGAAUUAAUUGAUUAUUACUCGUGUGCGCUGAGUAAAGACUACUAUCUCCAGCACGGUGCCAUCUACAUCACCACCAACCUCAUCUGCUUCCGCUCCAACAUAUUCGGUCAGGAGCGCAAACUCAUCAUCCCCACCGGCGAUGUGCAGAAGGUGGUGAAAGUCAACACUUUCCGAUUAAUCCCAAGUGGCAUCGUCAUUGUUACCGCUACACACAAGUAUCAAUUCGAAUCCUUCCGUAACCGACAAGCCGCCUACACCACCCUCAAGCGCAUCACCUCCAAAAACCACCAACCCCACCCGUUGUCCAGCCGGACCACUCAGGUGCCCCUCUCCCCCGACGAUCUCAACCACCGGCGACCUUCGCGUUUCAUCAAGUCGCAGUCGUCGUGUUCCCUGGAACGGAAGGGCCUCAGCGAGGAUGAUAGCGGCGCCGGGAACACCAGCAACAACAGCAGCAGCGGAAGUCAUGACAGCUUCCUGCGUCCGCUCAUGCAGGAUUACGUGGCGCGGCGGAAUAGCCGGGUGGCCGGCAGUGCGCCGGUAAGCAGUUCGGAGAAUAACAUUUAUGCGCUGGUGAAUCGCAGUGACAGCACCAGUCCGCCGGAUGUGGAAGAGGCGUGUAAUGGGCCGGUGAUGAUGAGGAUGCUGCCUAAACGGGAGCAGUGCAGUCAGACGGAGACGCUGGGAAACGGCGGGAUAGGCCGGUCAGCGGAGCAGCCUGUGAUUUCCAUACAGAUUUCCGAGAGAGCGCUGAUUAUUUGUGGAUGUUUAUUAUGUAUCUUACUGACUUUUUCGGCGCUGCUAAGCAUUAAGGAGUUAUUCAUCUCUCCCACUUCCGUCACGGCAUCUCUUCCGCACCAGCGGCUUCCCGUACAAAGACCGGCAAAAAUGGCAGCCAACACGUCCAACCCGGUUCCAGCGAAUUAUUCGAAGUGUACGUCAAACUGCACUGCCGCUCUUUCGGCUACCGACAGCAUGGACAACAUAACGCAGGCCAUAUUAUUCAUUGAAAUCGUUCUCUCCUUAAUCCUCACCAGCGCCGUAUUAAUUUACUACCUCCGCUCUCCAAGCCUGCAUACUGCUUUUAAUAUCUACAUUAUCCAGAUAUUAAUUUUGGAGACGAUCACACUUUUGUUCCUAUUACCAAGCCAGUCAUUUUCUCUGGUAGGAUACCGGCGGUUAAACGACCGUCUCGGAUGGUGCUCGCUGUACCUGUUGCAAGUGUGGUUAACACAGGCCAUGGCCUCGUCCGGACACGUUCUAAUGGCCGUUAAUCGGAUCUGGGCGGUUGCUUUUCCCGUCCACUACCGGGAGCGUCAUAGCCGAAAGGUCGCCAUACUGAUUUGCUGUGCGACGGGUGUGCUGAUGGUGGCUACACGAAUGCCGAACAUCAUUGAGGCUUUAUGGCAGUAUGACAGUAAAACAGAACGUUGUAGCGAAAUCCUGCUAAUACGCUCCAUUCCAAAGCUGUUUGCGUUUGUACGGUAUUUAUCUAUACCGCUACCAAUGAUUAUUAUCGCAGCGGUUCCGUAUGUGCUGUGGAAACGCUACCGACAAUACUUGACAGUUCACGCCAGCCCGGAAACUAGCAGCAGUCGACCGCCCACGCAGCGUCGCACUGUGACGUGGAAAAGCGAGCUACUUCGCAUGCAUUCCCACGACGCACGUAACCACGUGAAGAGGUGCAAAUCCAGAUCAAGGCAUUUCCAGGUGUUUUGGAUCAUGGCCCUCAUUGUACUCCUUACUUGGAUACCGGGAAGUAUGAACAAUCUGAUUGGCCGACGACAUCCACUCACCACAAAUGUUGUGCACAUUCUCUUUUAUUGCUCCAGUCUGGCUGAUGCCAUUGUAUUUUACGUGACGGCAACCCCCUUUGGUCCGCACCACACAGACACCGUGUAACCAUAAACCGUGCACGUGUAGCCACGCACAGACACCAUGUAACCAUACAGACACUGGGCACUGUUUCUGGAGUUUCACGCUGUGUUCGGUUGAUUUUGAUGAUCUUUUCAGGAUAAUUUCCAACGCGGCCUUUCAAAUGCACUCU